GCCGAGGCGCCAACAGACGUGCGGACGGACGGACGGACGGACGGCCGCCUGGGGGACGCGCGGCGCAGCAGGUACAGGCCAGGAACUGAACCCCAGACUUCGGCCACACUGAGGUCCGCCCUCCCCGUCGCUGGCUGCCAACAAGGACACCAUGAGCCAGCUGGGGUCCGUGAGCUGCUGCCCGGGUGCCACCAAUGGCAGCCUGGGCCGGUCUGGCAGUGUGGCCAAGAUGAGCGCCAAGGACCUGUUUGAGCAGAGGAAGAAGUACUCCAACUCCAACAUCAUCAUGCACGAGACCUCCCAGUACCAUGUCCAGCACUUGGCCACAUUCAUCAUGGACAAGAGCGAAGCCAUUGGGUCUGUGGAUGACGCCAUCCGGAAGCUGGUGCAGCUGAGCUCCAAGGAGAAGAUCUGGACCCAGGAGAUGUUGCUGCAGGUGAACGACCAGUCCGUGCGGCUGCUGGAUAUUGAGUCUCAGGAGGAGCUGGAGAACUUCCCCCUGCCGACGGUGCAGCACAGCCAGACAGUGCUCGACCAGCUGCGCUACCCGUCGGUGCUGCUGCUCGUGUGCCAGGACGCAGAGCAGAGCAGGCCGGACAUCCACUUCUUCCACUGCGAUGAGGUGGAGGCAGAGCUGGUGCACGAGGACAUCGAGAGCGCGCUGGCCGACUGCCGGCUGGGCAAGAAGAUGCGGCCGCAGACCCUGAAGGGGCACCAGGAGAAGAUCCGGCAGCGGCUGUCGAUCCUGCCCCCUCCCCAGGGCCCAGCCCCCAUCCCCUUCCAGAGCCACGGUGAGGACUCCCCUCAGGCCAGGAACCGCGUGGGCCCGCUGCUCGGAGAGCCAGGCUACCGCUGUCGGGAGUCACAGGACGAGGAGCCGCGGGCCGUGCUGGCUCAGAAGAUAGAGAAGGAGACGCAAAUUCUCAACUGCGCCCUGGAUGACAUUGAGUGGUUCGUGGCCAGGCUACAGAAGGCGGCCGAGGCCUUCAAGCAGCUGAACCAGCGGAAGAAGGGCAAGAAGAGGGGGAAGAAGGGGCCGGCAGAGGGAGUCCUCACGCUGCGGGCACGGCCCCCGUCCGAGGGCGAGUUCGUUGACUGCUUCCAGAAAACCAAGCUGGCCAUCAACCUGCUGGCGAAGCUGCAGAAGCACAUCCAGAACCCCAGCGCGGCUGAGCUCCUGCACUUCCUCUUUGGGCCUCUGGACCUGAUCAUCAACACCUGUGGUGGCCCAAACAUCGCGCGCUCCGUCUCCAGCCCCCUGCUCUCCUGUGAUGCUGUGAGCUUCCUGCGUGGCCACCUGGUCCCCAAGGAGAUGUCACUGUGGGAGUUGCUGGGGGAGACCUGGACGCGGCCCCGCUCUGAGUGGCCACGGGAGCCACAAGUACCCUUCUACGUGCCCAAGUUCCACAGCGGCUGGGAGCCACCCCUGGACGUGCUGCAGGAGGCUCCCUGGGAGGUGGAGGGGCUGGCAUCCUCCCUCAGUGACCAGCCAACUCCAGUGGGCCGACCAACUGUUCGGCACUCCCCAAAGCACAGCCUCACUUCUGAGCUCACAGCCCCGGGGGACGCCGGAGCGCCUGUCAGCUCCCCACAUACUCACAGGGGCUACCAGCCAACGCCAGCCAUGGCUAAGUACGUCAAGAUUCUCUACGACUUCACAGCCCGCAAUGCCAACGAGCUGUCAGUGCUCAAGGAUGAGGUCCUAGAAGUGCUGGAGGACGGCCGGCAGUGGUGGAAACUGCGUAACCGCAGCGGCCAGGCCGGCUACGUGCCCUGCAACAUCCUGGACGAGGCUCGGCCCGAGGACGCCGGCGCGCCCCCGGAGCAGGCCGGUCAGAAAUACUGGGGUCCCGCCAGCCCGACCCACAAGCUGCCCGCGAGCUUCGCGGGAAAUAAAGACGAGCUGAUGCAGCACAUGGACGAGGUCAACGACGAGCUCCUGCGCAAGAUCAGCCACAUCAAGGCGCAGCCGCAGCGGCAGUUCCGCGUGGGGCGCAGCCAGCACGUGCACCGGCCGCUCACCUACGAGUCGGGCCCCGGCGAGGUCCGCGCCUGGCUGGAAGCCAAGGCCUUCAGCUCACGGGUCGUGGAGAGCCUGGGCAUCCUGACCGGGCCGCAGCUCUUCUCGCUGAACAAGGACGAGCUGCGGAAGGUGUGCGGGGAGGAGGGCGCGCGCGUGUACAGCCAGCUCACCGUGCAGAAGGCCGUCCUGGAGAAGCAGCAGAGCGGGUCGGAGCUGGAGGAGCUCAUGAGCAAGUUUCACUCCAAGAACCAGAGAAGGGAAGAAAACAGCUAGACCCGGCCGCGCGAGGGUGCCCGGCCCAGGUGGGGACCGCACCUGCUCGGGCCCAGCCGCAGUGCACGGAGCGUUACUUUUACAUGCGUAUGUAUUUUGUACCAAGGGCGUGGAGGGGUGUGGUGCUGGGGGGACGGCUCACCUGCCGGGGCCACGCGGCCUGCCCUCAGGCCCAGCGACACUGCAGGGGGCCUCUCUGCCACCCCAGCCCACACCCACCUGCCCACACCAAGGUCGACCUCAGCCAAUCCUGCGGCCUGGCGAUGCCAGCCCCUCAUCCGCCUGCUCCCCGCACCCCCGAGGCCACAGAAUUCCCCUGGAGGUGGGUGGGGCCUCUUCUGGCCUCCCAGACCCCAUGACGCUGACCCCCAUCUCCACCUGCUUCGACAUCCACCUGCACCCGACUGCUCCCCCACACCCCAGGAUGGGCUGGGGCUCCGUGCUGGCCAGGCUGGUGACCUGCACCAACCCAGAGUGCUGCUUCUGAGGGCCGCCUGGGGAGGAGCCCCAGGCACGUGCUGUGUAUCCCUUCACCCUUUCAAGGACCGAGGAUGGACUGGACACUAGUACUGAUUUCAGAUACUCCCCACCCCACCCUACGGAACCCAGGACAGGAACUUUCUCUACCCAAGUCUCAAGCUAGCCAAGCUGUGGGUCCCACAGCCUUGGACUGAGAGUCACACCCCAAAGAUGAGAGGCGGUGGAGGAGCCAAGGCUGUCAUUAAAUC